CUACUAUUGUUAUUGUUGAAAUUGUCGAUGUCAAUAUUGUUAUGAUUGGCACUCCUGGGAAGCAGCCCCAGGACGCCCUCCCUACUGGGCCUGGUGGGGGAUUGGGUCGGCCUUCACUCCAGCUCCACGCCCCCGCAGUUACUCUGCCGAUUGUGACGUCAGCUGACGCUGGGGGCGGGUGGGGGAAUCUGGCCGGAAAUCCCUCUUCCUGUUGCAGAUAAGCCCAGCUUAGCCCAGCUGACCCCAGACCCUCUCCCCUCACUCCCCCCAUGUCGCAGGAUCAAGACCCUGAGGCAGACAGCCUGUUCACCAAGCCCCCCGCCCUGCCCCCAUCACCCCGUAAACUUCUCCCAGCCUCCGCCCUGCCCUCACCCAGCCCGCUGUUCCCCAAGCCUCGCUCCAAGCCCACGCCACCCCUGCAGCAGGGCAGCCCCAGAGGCCAGCACCUAUCCCCGAGGCUGGGGUCGAGGCUCGGCCCCGCCCCUGCCCCUGCAACUUGAGCCUGGCUGCGACCCCUGUUCUGACGUCUCGGAAAAUUCCCCCUUGCCCAAGCCCUUGGGGGAGGGGGUGCGUGGUAUGAAAUGGGGCUGAGACCCCCGGCUGGGGGCAGAGGAACCCGCCAGAGAACAUUCAGAGGCCUUCAUCGCAUCCAUGGACCUGUGGAACUGGGAUGAGGCAUCCCCACAGGAAGUGCCUCCAGGGAACAAGCUGGCAGGACUUGGUAGGCUGCCGAGGCUGCCACAACGUGUGUGGGGAGGGUGUCCAGGUGGGGCCUCUGCUGACCCUAACCCCUUAUCGCCUGCAGAAGGAGCCAAAUUAGGCUUCUAUUUCCCUGAUCUGGCACUCCAAGGGGACACGCCGACAGCGACAGCAGAGACAUGCUGGAAAGGUACAAGCUCAUCCCUGCCAAGCUUCCCACAGCUGGACUGGGGCUCCGCGUUACUGCACCCAGAAGUUCCAUGGGGAGCGGAGCCCGACCCUCAGGCUCUUCCGUGGUCGGGGGACUGGACAGACGUGGCGUGCACAGCCUGGGACUCUUGGAGCGGCGCCUCGCAGACCCUGGGCCCCGCCCCUCCCGGCCCGGGCCCCAUCCCCGCCGCCGGCUCCGAAGGCGCCGCGGGCCAGAACUGCGUCCCCGUGGCGGGAGGGGCCACCUCGUGGUCGCGCGCCCAGGCCGCCGGGAGCAACACCAGCUGGGACUGUUCUGUGGGCCCCGACGGCGUCACCUACUGGGGCAGUGGCCUGGGCGGGAAGCCGCGCACGGACUGUACCAUUUCGUGGGGCGGGCCCGCGGGCCCGGACUGUACCACCUCCUGGAACCCGGGGCUGCGUGCGGAUGGCACCACCUCUUUGAAGGGGUACCAGAGCUCAGCUCUCACCGUUUCCUCCGAACCGAGUCCGCAGUCGGACCGUGCCAGUUUGGCUCGAUGCCCCAAAACUAACCACCGAGGUCCCAUUCAGCUGUGGCAGUUCCUCCUGGAGCUGCUCCACGACGGGGCGCGUAGCAGCUGCAUCCGUUGGACUGGCAACAGCCGCGAGUUCCAGCUGUGCGACCCCAAAGAGGUGGCUCGGCUGUGGGGCGAGCGCAAGAGAAAGCCGGGCAUGAAUUACGAGAAGCUGAGCCGGGGCCUUCGCUACUACUAUCGCCGCGACAUCGUGCGCAAGAGCGGGGGGCGAAAGUACACGUACCGCUUCGGGGGCCGCGUGCCCAGCCUAGCCUAUCCGGACUGUGCGGGAGGCGGACGGGGAGCAGAGACACAAUAAAAAGUCCCGGUCAAACCUC